UGGCCGCGGCUCGCAAAGGAUCGUCUCAUCGGGCUAAUGCCGGCGCCUAAUUAACACGCGCCAAUCUAGCUAAAAAUGGCCGGGUGAGUCAUCGGAGUGUUUUAACGUCGACGCCACGCAGAUUUUUCUCGCCUCUGAUCGCGCUAUCCGCAUGCAAUUUGGCUCUGAAGCCUUCUUUGGCGUCUUCCGUUCCUGCUAUGUUUUUGUCACCACCCGCAACAGUAAAGAGUAUCUUAGUCACGGGCCAGCCGUGAAAAUAGCCUUAUUCACAGGAGAAGGUAUUUUUACUCUGCUAAUUAAUUAUUCAAAAAAUUAAUUGGAUUGGAGGACGCAUGCGCAAGUUUCACCUCUAGCCGCUAAGCAUUCUGGGAAAUAACUGUAAAAAAAAACUGUCAUGGCGUACUCAUGAGAGACGUGAGUUUGUUUACAGUUUUUAUUAUGUAAUCGCUGCUGUAAAGGAUAUGUGUGUGCCUUGCUGAAUAAUUCCAGGGAUCUAUUUGUUGCUAUAAUUUACGCGGUAUGCCAAAUUACUAUGAAGUUUUGGGUGCUACCAUGUCCGCUACAAGGGAUGAGCUGAAAAGAUGUUAUCACAGACUUGUUCGGAAAUACCAUCCUGACAAGAAAAAGGAACUUGGAGAUGACCAAAAUUUCUGCCUGAUAGAUGAAGCAUGGAAAGUACUAGGAGAUGACAAUCUUCGUAAAAUGUAUGAUGCCAAAAUAAAAGCUUCUGAAUCACAAUUCUGUCAUCCUGUUCAAGAAGAAAUAAGCAUUACAGAACUUUCUUGGAAUGGGGAUCUUGAACAGUUUGAAAAAUAUUGUCGAUGUGGUGGCCAAUAUGCCUUACACCAAGAUGAUAGCAAAAGUGGCCUUGUAUUAAUUGACUGUGAUAAUUGCUCUUUGAGCAUAGUUGUUGACUGUGAUAUAAAGGAAAAUAAAAAUGAUAGCAGCUCUUGAAA